AUGCCCUUCACAGCUUGGCUUUGUGUGUGGUGCAGCCCAUUAUUUGUGACAUGGAACAAGCAGUCAAGGAGAGGACAACGGUUGCGAGGUUGUAUCGGCACUCUCGAGCCGCGUCAUCUUCACACUGCGCUUAGGGACUAUGCUCUCACUAGCGCUCUGCGUGACCGCAGAUUUGAGCCAGUGUCACAUAGGGAGGUUGCCUCACUGAGUUGCAAAGUGUCCAUGCUUUGUGCCUUUGAGCAAGCCAGUUCCUGGAUGGACUGGACCGUGGGCAUCCACGGCCUCAUCAUUGACUUCUUUGUAGCACGGUGCCAGCGCAGCGCGACCUUCCUCCCAGAGGUGGCCGGCCACGAACGCUGGACGCGCGAGGAGACAAUAGACUCGCUGAUCGCCAAAGCAGGCUAUGUAGGGCCUGUAACGCCCGCGCUACGGGCCAGCCUGACCGUAACCCGCUACCAGAGCUCUGCAGCCUCGCUGACAUACGACCAGUACUGCGCCGCCGCGCAGCCGGCCGCCGCGCGCGUGCAGCCGGCCGGAGGCAUGACCGUUACGGUCCCGGCCUGA